AUGAGUGGUGGAGUGGUACCUAGUAAAUCAACAGUUUACAUUUCGAAUUUACCUUUUUCAUUAACAAAUAAUGACAUACAUCAACUUUUACAGAGUUAUGGGAAAAUUAUAAAAGUGACAGUAAUGAAAGACAAAAUUACAAGAAAAAGUCGUGGAGUUGCAUUUGUAUUAUUUCUUGCUCCAGAAGAUGCUGUUGCUUGUGCCAAAAACUUAAAUAAUACUGAGAUAGGUGGUCGAACAGUAAAGAGUUCCAUAGCAGUAGAUAAUGGACGAAGCACUGAAUUUAUUCGUCGUAGAGACUACCCAGAUAAAUCUCAAUGUUAUGAAUGCGGGGAAGAAGGUCACUUAUCAUAUAACUGUAGAAACAAUACACUAGGACCAAGAAAUCCACCAUUAAAGAAGAAUCGAAUUAGAAAAAAAAAUAAAUCUAACAAUCAUACCAACAAUUUUAGUAAAAACAGUGAUGAUGAAUCAGCAGAGGAUAAUUGGGAUGAUGAAGUAGAAACACUAAGUGCUGCUAUUGCGAUGGAGCAAAGACAAAAAGAAUUAGAAAAUAAUCAGAGAUUAGCAAGUAAGGGAUAUGAAGAAGAAAGUCAACCAGUCCAAAAAUCUGGCAAAAGAUAUAAAAAGAAUGAAUAUUUUAGUGAUGAAGAAGAUUUUAGCGAAUAA